AAUAAUAAAAAAGAAUAACAAAUAAUACAAAAAAAGAUAUCCAUAAAUCCUCUGAGAAAUGCGCGUGUCGUGUGUUGGGCUGGAGAGGCAGGAGGCCCGUCAGUCCGUCACUCGCCGCGGGAGGGACAUGCUGCAGGCUGGAGGCUCCUCGUGCUGAUACCAACCUCGCCAGUGCCUUCCUGGUGGUGUUCCCGUAGAGUUGUCGGAGCAGCCAUGACUCCCUUCGAUGACUUCGUUUACCUUGUCAAUUCCAUCCUGCUUGGCGAGGAACCUACAAUCGAGGACUUCAUCUUGUUGAUUGGGACCUUUGUUGCAUUCAUUGCAUUCAUUCUGUGGUGCUGCUUCCCCAUUGUGCCAAAGGAGUCUAACCCUCCAGCACAGUAUGAUACUCAGUACACCAAGUACAAGAAGUCUGAUUCUCCCUACGACGAGAAGAUGUGAGAAGGAGCAGCUGCCGUGGGACACCGGUGAAAGGUGAAGUUUUCUAGAGAUUCCCAGCUCUGUGCAUGGAACCUACUCGCCUCCAUGCCUUGCAGAUGAAGAAGGGGAAAAGCCAGUGGGAAAUGGCACCUUACAAGAGGCAUCUGGGUGUGUUUCAAGCCGGAUUACGGUUCAUUAGGGAUGAGGCCCAGUCCCAGACGGACCACAGAGUCCUCGCAUACAAGCUCGAUAACGGCUAGGAAGGUUGGAAACUGGGAACUCUGCUUUGUAUGCGAAUGGGUGAGCGAGUUCUCCCUGAUCUCAUUGUUCGUUUUUGUUCCGUCAGUCUUGACUUCUGAUCCAGCCACUUAUCUCACAGUUUCAUGAUUCUCCGUAGAGGACUGCUGGUUCUUUAGGUGGCAGGUUUGGAGGAUCAUUAAGAAACAGUUUUGGAUCAUUAUUAUUAGGUUGCCAACUUAAUGAAUAUGUUCUGAGCUUGAAUUCAUAUAUAUAUAUAU